AUGCACAUAUUCAAAAAUGAAGUUAACAAAAAUGGUGAAGUUGAGAAUAUUACAUUCAUAAUUUGGUAUUACAUCAUAACAUCUGAAAUAAACAUUUUGGAUCUUGUGAGGAAUAUGCUUUAUUAUACCAGUAUACAAAUAAAAGUUGUCCGGUCCUGCCUAAACAUAGACUUCCUUAUAUCUGAAGUAGCUUGUAAACUGGAUAAAGCCAGCACAGUGCCGAAGAACUAUCAGCAUGUCCUAGCCUUGGUUUUUGCUGUGAAGGAGAUCAAUGAGAACCCCAAGAUUUUAUCCAACAUCACCUUGGGGUUCCAGAUCUAUGACAGCUACUUCAGUGCAAGGAUGACUUAUCAGAAUACUUUGAACCUUGUCUCUCGCCAUAAGAAGACUGUCCCCAACUACAAGUGUGGCACUGAGAAGAAUCUGAUAGCUGUUAUUGGGGGCCUCGACUCUGAAACAUCUCUCUAUAUGGCCACCAUCUUAGGCCUCUACAAGAUUCCACAGGUCACCUAUUCUUUAUUUUCUCCAGCGGUUAGUGACAAAGCCCAGCUUUCUUCUUUAUACCAGAUGAUCCCCAAUGAAGCACAUCAAUACGAUGGAAUAAUUUUUCUUCUUCAGUAUUUCCAUUGGAAGUGGGUUGGGAUUGUUGCCACAGCUGAUGAUAAAGGAGAAAUGUUUGUGAAGACCUUGACACGCCAGCUUUCCCUGAGUGACAUCUGUGCAGCCACCACUGAAAAAAUGCCAUGCCCUAGUGAUUUUCUUGACAUUACUGAGAUGAUAGCCACAGUUCAGAAUCUGGCCAAGUCCCUAAGCAAAGCAAAUGUCAAUAUAUUUGUUGUAAAUGCAGACACUCACACCAUGAAAAGUAUGCUGUGGUUGCUGUAUAUGGGUGUAAUGUUGAGUCUGAAGGCUAUAAACAAGGUGUGGGUUAUGACCGCCCAUUGGGAUUUUUCAUCUGAAACAUUUCACAGAGAGCUAGAUAUACAAAGUUUCCAUGGUGCCUUAUCCUUUGCCAUUCAUUCAAAUGAGCUCCAGGGGUUCCACAAUUUCCUCUUGAAUCUAAAUCCCCACUCUGAUGCUGAUGGGUUCCUUAGGCUCUUCUGGGAGCAGGCAUUUGACUGUCUGUUUCAAGAGAUGGAUGGGGAGAAAAGUUGCACUGGGGAAGAGAAGCUGGAGAGACUUCCUGGGCCUUUUUUUGAGAUGCAAAUGACCAGCCAGAGUUACAGCAUCUACAAUGCUGUUUAUGCUGUGGCACAUGCUUUGCAUGUAAUGUCUGUAUCCAGGAACAAAAAUGGAGGGAUGGUACUCGCAGGCUAUCAUAAGCUACAACAUUUUCAGCUUCUACCUUUCCUGAGGAGUAUCGCAUUUAACAACAGCGCUGGGGAUACUGUGUUUUUUAAUGAGAAUGGUGAAUUAGAAGGUGGAUUUGAUAUUAUCAACUGGGUGACUUUCCCAAACAGGUCCUUCUUCAAAGUAAAAGUAGGGAAAAUGGAUCCCCAAACCACACAGGGAAGAAAGUUCUCUAUUAAUGUGAAGAUCAUUACAUGGCACCACAGUUUUAAUCAGGUUGUUCCCCUUGCCUUGUGUAAUGACCCCUGCCGUCCAGGUUGCAGUAGACAAAGGAAGGAGGGGGAGCCAUUCUGUUGCUAUGAUUGUGCUCCAUGUCCAGAAGGGAAGAUUUCAAACCAGACAGAUAUGGAUGAUUGCUUCCACUGUCCAGAAGAUGAGUAUGCCAACAAGGAGAGAAACCAGUGCCUUCUGAAGGGUCAAAACUUCCUGUCUUAUGAUGAACCUUUGGGAAUCAGUAUGACUGUUUUGGCUCUGGCUCUUUCUGCAGCAACAGCUUUAGUUCUUGGAAUCUUCAUCAAGCACCGGAACACUCCCAUUGUCAAAGCCAACAACCGGAACCUCAGCUAUGCUAUGCUCAUCUCCCUCCUGCUCUGCUCCUUGCUAUUCAUUGGCCGGCCCCAGUUUCUGACUUGUCAUUUGCGACAAACUGCUUUUGGUAUCAUCUUCUCAGUGGCUGUUUCUUCGGUCUUGGCAAAAACCCUCACUGUGGUUCUGGCAUUUGUGGCCACUAAGCCACGAUCCAAGAUCAGGAAAUGGGUGGGGAUAAAGUUUUCAAACUCUAUUAUUCUUGGCUGCUCAUUUAUCCAAGCAAGUAUUUGCACAAUCUGGCUUUGUACUGACCCUCCUUUCCCAGAUUUGGACAUGUACUCUCUGCCUGAAGAAAUUGUAGUGGAAUGCAAUGAAGGAUCAACCAACAUGUUUUACUAUAUUCUCGGUUACAUUGGAUUACUGGCUCUUGUCAGCUUCAUUGUGGCUUUCUUUGCUCGGAAGCUGCCAGAUGCCUUUAAUGAAGCCAAAUUUAUCACUUUCAGCAUGUUGGUGUUUUGCAGCGUGUGGCUGUCUUUUGUUCCAACUUAUCUGAGCACCAAAGGAAAAUACUUGGCGGCUGUGGAGAUCUUCUCCAUCUUGAUGUCCAGUGCUGGGAUACUGGGUUGUAUCUUCUUCCCUAAAUGUCAUAUAAUUGUUCUGAGGCCUGAACUGAACAGUAAAGAGCAGCUAAAAAAGAGGAGAUAA